AUGUCUCGGCCAUCGAAAGAAGACUGGGUUUGUAGUGACCCAAAAUGUAAAAAUGUUAAUUUUGCUAAAAGAGAGAGAUGCAACCGCUGUGAUAAGCCUAGGAAGCAUGGACCGUCAAGCAAAGCUGGUUUUGAGGUCGGUAAACAGCUAGCUGAGAAAAGCAAAGGACUUUUUAGUCCAGAUGAUUGGAUAUGUAAGACAUGUGGUAAUGUGAAUUGGGCUCGUCGAAAUACCUGUAAUGUAUGCAAUGCUCCAAAAAUUGAUAUACAAGGUGAAAGAACCGGUUAUGGUGGUGGAUUUAUGGAACGUGAUGAAGUAGUCGAAUAUCGUGAGCAUAGAGAUUCAGAUGAUGAAUUUGAUGAAUUCGGUCGUAAAAAGAAACAUUUUCGUAAAGGUCAAAGUGAUCAAUUGAACAGUAAUCAUGAUUCAUCGGAUUCAAGUAAUCAUAACAACCUACAAGAAAGCCACAAUUCAAUGAGUCAUGAUCAUAUUGAUAAAGCUAAUGAUCAGGUGGAUGAAGACGACAACGAAGAUGAUGAAGAAGACGAAGAAGAAUCCGGUGAUGAUGCUGAUCUAUCGAAAUAUGAUAUUUGGGGUACAGAAGACGAUGAUGUGACUACUAAUAAGUCAAAAAUGUCCGCCACCGCCAACAAAAAAUCACAUAGUCGAAGUGCUUCAUCGUCUUCAGGCUCCGGCUCGGAUUCCGAUUCUGACUCAUCCUCUUCUUCAGCCUCCUCUUCAUCUUCCAGUCAUGCUUCACAAUCAGACUCAUCAUCCAGCGAAUCCUCCUCCAAACCUGAAGAUCAACAAUCCAGUGGUGGGAAACGAGCUCAUCCUAACAACAAUAACAACAACAACAACAACGGUGAUGUGCACAGUGAUUCUGGCGAUUCAACUCCAGUGAAUCAGAAACGAAAAAGGCGUACUGCUGAUGCUAAUGAUCAUGGACAACGUGAUCGGUCGAGAUCACCUUUGUAA